AUGGCUGCGCCCAUCAACACUAAGGACGUCAUCAAAGCUAUCGAUCUCUUCCGUGGCUGGCCCAACCCCGCGUUGCUCCCCGUAACAAGCCUCGCCAAUUCCUCUGCCACUGUCUACUCCUCCCCCGCGAUUUAUACUCCCGGUCUGCUGUAUGGCCCUGAUGAUGGCCAUCCGCCCUUGCGCCAACACCUGGCGCGGUGGCUGACCUCUUUCUACCGCCCGCGCGACCCCGUCACGGCAGACCGCAUCUGCAUCACUGGUGGCGCCAGCCAGAAUCUGGCAUGCGUCCUACAGGUGUUUGCCGAUCCCGGGUAUACCAGAAAUGUAUGGAUGGUCGCGCCGGGGUAUCACCUCGCAUGUCGAAUUUUUGACGAUGCGGGCUUUGCGGGCCGAUUGAGAGCUGUUCCAGAGGACGAAGAGGGGUUGAAUGUUGGGUUUUUUCGGGGAGCGUUGGAGGCGGCGGAGAAGGCGUGGAAAGGGGAUUCUGAGUCACAAUUCAAAUCGGCCCAACCAUGGCGGAAGAUCUACAAACACGUCAUCUAUGCGACCCCGACUUUCUCCAAUCCUUCUACCAAAACUAUGACCCUUCGUCGGAGAGAGGAGCUCGUCCGCCUGGCACGGGAGUUUGAUGCUCUCAUUGUGACCGACGAUGUGUAUGACUUGCUCCAGUGGUCCUCGGAUCCGAAUGGAACUCUCGCACAACCAGAUCAAAGGUGCGCACCGCGCCUGGUGGAUGUGGACCGGUAUCUUGACGGUGGCCCGCAACAUGAGUUCGGUAAUGCGGUAAGUAAUGGCAGCUUCAGCAAGCUGAUCGGACCCGGUUUGAGGACGGGAUGGGCAGAAGGGACGCCCAAGCUUGCAUAUGGUGUUUCACAAGCAGGCUCAACGCGAUCUGGAGGAGCACCAUCUCAAAUGUCGUCGACUAUUGUCGCACAAUUAUUUUCCGACGGGGUGAUCGAAAGCCACAUUGAGAAGGUGUUACAACCGGCCUACGCAGAACGAUAUCACAUCGUGAUGUCCGCGAUCCGUGAACAUCUCCUUCCUCUAGGAGUGGCACUUCCGUCUACGACGCAGGAAACUGCAGGAGGGUACUUUAUUUGGAUUGAUCUACCGCAGCCCUUGCAGGCAAACGAGAUUGUGCAACGAGCCAAGCAAGAGGAGAACCUGACAUUGGCACCUGGCGACCUGUUUAGGGUGCAGGGUGACGAAAAGGCAGAAUGCAAUAAGUUUAAUCGGAGUCUCCGGCUUUGCUUUGUGUGGGAAGCGCAGGACCAGCUGGCCGAGGGCAUACGGAGACUAGCUCGUGUCGUUGGUCGUGCAGCCGAUCAGGCAAAGUAG